UCCCUCUCCCCUCUCCCCUCUCACACUCUCUUCUCUGCAACCCCGCCCAACCCCCCUUCUAAGUCAGAAAUCGACUGCUAGCGGAACCAUGGCGGUCUCCACCGCCUCCACCCUUCACAGAGAGCAAGCCAGCAACCCUCACCCAAAAGAAAAAAAGACUUACCGGAAGCAUUUCGCCAUAACUUCUGUCUAGUGCAUCUCCCACUGCUUUCAUCCCUCGAUUGUUGGUGUUGUUUGCUUUUCUAGGGUUUGCUUUCGUGCUCGUAGGCAAACAAGAGUAUUCUCACGUCCAAAGCCCUGACAACAUGACCACGCCUGAGCACAUAAUCGUCGACUUUGAGCAAGGAUGGAAGAUCAUACAGAAAGGCAUCACGAAGGUCGAGAACUUCUUAGAAGGACUUCCUGAGACACAGAUCUCUUCUGAGGAGUACGUGACUAUUUACGAAACCAUCUACAACAUGAGCACUCAGAAGCCUCCUCAUGAUUAUUCCCAAGAGCUUUAUGACAAGUAUAGAGUGUCCAUAGAAGAGUACAUUACUUUAAUGGUAUUGCCUUCUUUAAGGGAGAAACAUGAUGAAUUUAUGUUGAGAGAGCUUGUGAAAAGAUGGUCAAAUCAUAAGGUUAUGGUUAAGCGGCUUUCACUUUUCUUCAAUUACCUUGGCCGAUUUUUUAUUCUUAGGAGGUGUCUUCCUGCACUUAAUGAAGUUGGAGUCACUUGCUUCCGUGAUCUGGUCUACAAGGAGGUGAAUGGGAAAGUCAGAGAUGCUAUAAUUUAUUUGAUUGAUCAAGAGCGCGAGGGAGAACAGAUUGACCGAGCAUUAUUGAAGGAUGUUAUAGAUAUCUUUGUCGAAAUUGGAAUGGGGCAUAUGGAUUGUUACGAGAAUGACUUUGAAGCAGCCAUGCUUAAAGAUACUGCUGCAUAUUAUUCUCGUAAGGCUUCAAAUUGGAUUCUGGACGAUUCUUGUCCUGAUUACAUGCUAAAGGCUGAGGAGUGCUUAAAACAAGAGAAGGAUCGGGUUUCUCAUUACUUGCAUUAUAGCAGCGAGCAGAAAUUAUUGAAGGUAUGUGAUGUAGAAUUCAAGCAGUACCAGGAUAGGAGGAAGGCCCAACAGUGAAGCCCGCGACUUGAGAAUAGGCAGUCCAACAGUGACCCGCAAUUGUGGGCCUAGGUCUACCUUGAUAGUGGGCUUGGUUCAGUUUCCAGAAGGCAUUGGCCCUUAGCUAAUAGAUACAGUUUCUAAGACAUUAUUACCAACCUAGGAGUUUAUUUUGUUUUAGAUGUAGGGCACGGGUACAUGCUAGAGGGUAGCAUUCUUUUUAACUUUGUUUUAGUUAAUGGAUCUCUUAAAAAGUUGCUAUUUUAUUGAGUUGUAAGCCAUUUGGCAGGAAAGAUGAUUUACUAUUCUUGUUUCACAUGCUAUCAACUACCAAGUUUAUUAAGACAAGCAAGCACCUCUACAGCACACCAUUUUUGGCCA